UCACCAUGAACAAAAAUCCAUUGCCCUCUUGCCUUGAUUAACCAUUCCGUUCAGAAUCUUUGCCAAAGGCAGAAGAGGAGGAUCGUUUCUACGCGCUGCCAUCCAUACGGUUGCACAACAACCCUUCGCUUAGUCGACGUAGGUGGAAAUUGGGAAUUGUAUUGUCUCUCGUGUGCUCAGGCUUAUCAGAUUAGUGGUUUAACAAUGUCAUCUCCGGUGAACUUAGUAAUGAAACAGUUGGCACCUACGUCUGAUAACGAGAGGUCUAGGCAGCGUGUUAACAGUGUACAGAAACAGGAGCUGGUACGAUUGAUGAAAGCAAACUUUCUCUUUAUCGAGCGCAAACAUGCCGUGGUUAGGGGUGAGCUGAGCCGUGCAGAAGUGUGGAGAAUGAUCACCGCCCGCUUGAACAGCUUGGGACCACCGAUGCAUUCGACUGAAGUGUGGCAGAAACGAUGGAACGAUAUGCGAUCCACUACCAAGCAAAAGAUGCACAAGAUACAGAGCUUUGUUGGGGAAAAUGGCGAAGAAUUGUGUCCUUACAGACUGACCUCGCUAGAGCGGCAAAUCUGGAGCACGUUGUGUGCUAAUCCGGCCAAGCCGAUUCAAUUACUCUCAAACGAUUCUGCUAGCAAAUCUGUUACAUUUGACGGAAGUUGCCGGUCAUCGAACAUUUGCUCCAAUCCAUCUAAAAACGAGUAUGACAAACAGAACUCUGCUACAAGCCUCCAGAUUUCCUCAGCCCACUCUCAGCUGAAUAAUUCAAUGUUAAACAAGUUGACUUUUAUCGAAGAUGGGAAAAAAUCCAACAUUCUACGCACUGCACAGAUACUCGACUCUUCCGCAGAGUGUAGAUCAUCGUUGGAAGAUCUUUACAAAUUGUUACGCCAAGUACAAGAUCAACAAGAACAGAUAUCUUACUUGGUGCAUCACUUUUAAUGAGUAACACCAACAAUAACAAUAAUACUCAAAUAAAGUACUGACACUUUAGUCCAUUUCCAGUCCAACGCCGAACAUUUAUUACUUUCCGCGACUCCAGAACA